AUAGGCCAGACGAAUGGAGAGGUCAAAUUCCAAACCAAAUAAAAACAAGUUCCUCCUCCCUCUCUCGAAUCUCCUCCUUCUCUCUUCGUCCGGCCAUUAGAGAGACACUCAGGGAUGGGUGCGGGAGGAAAUGCAGCGGACGCCGCGGAGGGAGUAAUGGCUACGGAUUUUUUCUGGUCGUACACGGACGAGCCCCACGCCUCGCGCAGAAAGGAGAUCCUCGCCCGACACCCUCAGAUCCGGGAGCUCUUCGGCCCCGAUCCCUUCGCCUUCCUCAAGAUAAGUGCAGCUGUGCUUCUUCAGCUAUGGACUGCAACAUACCUUCGCAAUGCAAGCUGGCUCAAGAUCCUAACAGUUGCAUACUUCUUUGGUUCUUUCCUCAACCACAACCUAUUUCUGGCCAUUCAUGAGCUCAGCCACAACCUAGCCUUCUCAACGCCAUCCUACAACCGUUGGCUAGGGAUUUUUGCCAACCUUCCAAUUGGUGUUCCUAUGUCUAUCACAUUCCAAAAGUAUCAUUUAGAGCACCACAGGUAUCAAGGCGUUGACGGUAUGGAUAUGGAUAUUCCUGGCCGCGUUGAGGCUCUUGCAGUCACCAAUGCAGUCACCAAAUCUAUAUGGGUUCUUUUACAACUUUUCUUCUAUGCUUUACGACCACUCUUCCUUAAGCCCAAACCUCCUGGCUUAUGGGAAUUCACCAAUUUGAUAAUCCAGCUUUCUCUCGACGCUUCCCUGGCAUACUUCUGGGGAGGGAGAUCCAUUGCAUACCUGAUACUAUCAACAUUCGUUGGAGGAGGAAUGCACCCAAUGGCGGGUCAUUUCAUUUCUGAACAUUAUGUCUUCAACCCAGAUCAGGAAACCUAUUCCUACUAUGGACCUCUGAAUCUGAUGACCUGGAGCGUGGGAUAUCACAAUGAGCACCAUGAUUUCCCCAGAAUCCCUGGUAACAGACUCUACAAGGUGAAGGAGAUGGCACCAGAGUACUACGACAAUCUGAAAUCAUACAAAUCUUGGAGCCAGGUGAUCUUCAUGUACAUAAUGGACCGAACCGUCGGGCCCUUCAGCAGGAUGAAGAGGAAGGCAUCAAAGGGUACUGAAACAAUCAAGAAAGAAGAGUAGGGCUUCUCUAAACGCAAGCAACUUCGUUCUAUUUCAGUUUUGGUUGUGAAUCGUUUCAUCCUUUAUGAUUGUUUUGGAUUCAAAAAUCAGUUUUUCUGCAGAUCAUUUAUUUUUCUUUUCUUAGUCAUUUUUGAAGCCCUGUACGACUUUGAAUUAGUGUCAGCACAGUGCAGUCGCUUUUCAUGUAGAACAACCUCAACCCCAAAGUGAUGCUGCCAAUAGUCAGUUUGGUUAAAUAGAAUGGACUAUCUAUGUGAUUAAUUAA